UUCGACUGAUGUGUACGCUACAGACUUUGUAGUAUUGAGGAGAGGGUAUCAUGUGGUAGUUGCCUCUCUCUGAAAAAAUUUUCGCGCAAUUUUUUGUUUCACACACCUCAACGAUGUGUAUUAACCCAUGAAGCGUGAAUGGAUACGGAAGGUUGAAAUAUUAUUUGUUUAGAAUGCGUUCCAUUUGGUUCUAAAUUUAACGUGCCUAACAACCUCUUCGUUCUAAGUGACAUCAACCAAUCUUUUCCUAGUUAUGAUUAUUUUUGGGUACACGGAAAUAAACUGGUUUAAACGAAGUUUAUAAAUUUAUUAGAUCCAAAAUUUUAAAUACAUUAUUAUUAGUCGUGCCAAUAUUGGCAAGAUCUAGUUUUAUUCAUUGAAAAUAAAUAAACGGUGCUCCAACGAAAAACUAUCUACAAAAGUGAUGAAAUACGUCGAGGUAUUUCAAGGUUAACGUCAAGACAAUAAUUAACAACUUGAAACGCCCAGAAAAAUACAUAUAAUUAGCAUAUAAAUUCUAAUGAUUCUGAUAUCUGAAAUAAGUUAAAGUGUUUUUUAUUCUCUGUUUGAUAUUAUGCCUAAUUAUGAAUUUGUUUAUGUCUAGCCACUGUUACUAAUAGCGAUAAUUAAGGAAGGACAAAAGAUGACCAAUAUUUUAUCAUGUUUAUAAACCAUUAAGUCAAGACUGUAACGUGUCGAGGUUGAUUUGUAAAUUUGUUUUAAUUUCUAUCUAAAUUGAAGCAUACCAAAAUAUAGCUGACAGACUGAAGGUUCUAUCUUGAAUUUUUUCGGCGGUUAUGAACCUCGUUGUUGUCACUCCUGACUGCUUUUUUGGUAUCUACAUCAUAGAACUGGAUCCAUGACUCAUCCAUUGCACCAAUAGGUAACAAUAUAAUGUAAUGAUAAAUUACUAUUUCGAUUGAUGAACUUGGAAAUUGGUUGAAUAAGUAUAAAAUAUUUACUAUGCUAUUAAUUUGAAGCAAUGUUGUUUUAGGAAUGAUAGAAGAUUUUCUGUGGAACAGAUUCACUCACAUAUCUGCUUUACCUAAGAAAAAGGGUUUCGAUCUAUUUUGAUUAACAGAAAGCAGAUGAAUUUUUUUAAAUGAAAAUAAAGGGAUUGAAAAUAUAAUUAGUGAAUUGUCAUUAUUAACAAUUGCUAAUUUUUUUCAGGGACUAUAUAUAUAUAUAUAUAUAUAUAAAACUAUAAGACAUGAAGAAUGAGUGAUAAGUCAAAUAACAAUUAUGCAUCAAGCCCUGCUACAACACCCGAAUAUUCAGCGGAGGAAGAAAAAUUUCUGGUGCCUUAUCAAAUAAGUCCCAAAUUUAGAAAGAAAUGGUUUUGUUUAAAAAACACUCCUUUUGGUAUUUUGAUUGUUAGUCUAAUUCAGCUCCUGAUACAUGUCUUUGCAACUGCGAAUCUCCAAAAAGCAUUGAGAUUUGAACCAGACAAACGUAUAGAGUUAUGGAGGUUCUUUACUUAUAUGCUUAUUCAUGAUGGUUGGUACCAUUUCGUGCUUAAUAUAAUAAUACAAUGUAUUUUCGCUGUACUAUUAGAAAAACGUCAAGGACAUAUCAGGGUUCUGAUUAUUUAUUUCCUAGGAGGAUUUACAGGUGUUCUAGGAGCAUCAUGUGUUCAUCCUGAUCUUGUGAUAGGGGCAUCGGCCGGUGUCUAUGCCCUCUUAAUAUCCAAUAUUCCCGAUAUUAUCUUAAAUUAUUCAAGAGUAAAUUAUAAAAUCUACAGACUCGCUGCCUUGGGAGUAUUAGUUCUUUUCGAUAUUAUAUACAACAUUGUUCACAUUUACUCCAAAAAGGAACCAGUUAUAUCAUGGGAAGCACACUGCGUGGGAGGUGUUUCCGGCCUUCUUCUUGGUUUCAUGAUAUACAAAUAUGAUGAUAUGUGCCAAAGUAUAACAAUCAACAGAACUUUAUUUUGGAUAAGUGUGAUAUUUUAUUCAUUUAUGGUAAUUUGUUUCGUGAUAUUAACUAUACAAAUUAAAAAAUGCACCCCUUCGAAUAUAAUUCAUUUUAGAUAUAUAUAUGUUUGUUGACAUGUUUGAUUUUACCAUUAAAGUUUAUUUUGUAUUCUAGCCAUUUGUUGUAAACUUUGGAAUAUAUUCCUAGAUAUAUAAUAUUUUGUAAAUAAUUUGAGAAUAGUUUAAUUGUACAAUUUUUUGUUAUUUGUAUACAUAAUCACCAAAAAUUUAGAAAAAAAAUAUUAAUAAAAAUGCAAAACUUGUCACUAAUAAA